UUAAAGGGGAUGGUGGAGUUUUAUAGAGGAAGAAAUGGAUUGGUGAUGAGGAGUUUCGGGGAUGUUCUACUGGUUUCUGUAAUGGGUAAUUGCUGGCAUUGUUGAUCUUCAUUCUUCCACAAACUUCUUCUACCUUCUUGUUCUACAUCUGCGUGGACAACGGCGGUGUGUUAUUUUGUAUUCAAUGAUUCGGUUGUUAGUAACGGAACGGACGGAGCAUCAUCGAGGAGCUUCUGGUUAAAGUUUAGACAUGGACUCUAUGCCCAAUAUGUCUCCUCCGAAUGGCAACACCAGCAUGAACAACUCAACUGGUGAUUCUCCAAUCAUGUCAACGAAGAUGAUGAAUAUGCAGAUGAGCUUCUACUGGGGGAAAGAUGCUGUGAUUCUAUUUCCAAGGUGGCCUAAAGAGAGCCUUGGCCUAUACAUAUUAGCCUUCUUCUUCAUCUUCCUGCUGGCCUUUGCUGUCGAGUUCUUGAGCCACACGCCGCCAAACAAGCUCGGUAAGAGCCCCCUUGCUAGCGCUUCCGUACAGGCGUUCGUGUAUGCUUUCAGGACAGGGUUGGCUUAUCUAGUCAUGUUGGCUGUUAUGUCUUUCAACAUUGGGAUCUUUAUAGCGGCUGUGGCAGGCCACACUCUCGGAUUUUUUGUAGUCAAACUUCGUGUUCUUACUGCUGCAAAGAGGACUGAUUCUAAUGAAGUUUGAUUGCAGAUCGAGCUCUCUUUUUUUCCAAUCUUUUGGAUACUUUUGAACUGCUUGUUUUUCAUUUCCUUGAUGGUGAUUGUAAUGAGAAAAGCUUUCUUAUUACCAAUAUCUUCGCCCGAGAAGAUGGGGUUUUGUUGAGUGUUUGGUUUCCUUAUGUGUAUGUGUUAAUCGUAAGUUUGUAAAUGAAAUGUGCUCAAAAGCGAAGGGGCUUAUGAGGUUAACAAUAUUUAAAAGAGAUAACAAGGGGAAAAUAAAUUAAAGGGUAAGACAGGGUUGGAGUUUAUAAAAUCGAUGUGUUUGUAUUUAAGCAUAUAUACAUUUGAUUCCAUCACUCCAUGUAUGGUUGGAAAAAAAAUCGAAUGAAAUCUUGAUAGCAUUAAAUGUUAA